AACGCGUCUUCAAUUACGGGAAGAGCAGCCUCUUGAAUUUUGAUUCUGAAGCUGUCGGUUUUCGAUCGUCUUUUUUCUCUCCGAUUGCUGUCGUCGUUACCGUGUUUCUAUCUUCUUUCUCUCACCGGUAAGGCCUUUAUAUACCUGUGAAAUUCCUGAGGCGGCGGUACAAGUACGAUAUUGAUUUCUAGGGUUUCGUUCGUGAUCUGAUUCGUUAGCUCAAAUCCCCGAUUUUUGUCUUGCCUAUUCUGAUAUCUUCUACUGAUUUUCACCUAUUAUUGAUCGUAUUUGUAUCAAUUUUCAUACACAAUUUGUAUUGUAUUGACUCUUAGUCUGCUUUAAAAAAUUGGAUUUUCGGUUUUGGGGUUGGGGUCGUAGUUAAAAAGUAAAUACAAGAAAGAAAAAAGAAAAUUGACUCUCGAUUUUGGGUGUUGUGUUUUGUAUUCUGGAUUUGUUGGUCGGGGUUUGUAUUUCUUGUAUUUUUGAGUUUUAUUCUUGAUUGAGAAGAGUUGUGGUUGUGAAUCACAUGGCGGCAGGGCGAGUCAAUGUUUUCAGGAGAACGGACUUAUAUAAGCUCUCCGAAAGAGAGUAUGACUAUUACAGGAAUGAUUCUUGCGGUGUGGAAUACAAUAGGGCCUGUGAUCGUGCUGCCAGACGUAAGAAUGGGUAUCAUUAUUCAUCAAGAACUCGUGAUUCGGGGUCUAGAAGAGACAGGUUUGGCGCUAGGACUGAAGACCGAAAAUUGGAUAAGUUCUCUAUCGGUAAUGAGCUCAUGGUUCAUAAUGAUGGGGUGCGGAUGCCUCCAGAGAAGAAGAGGAAGUUCUCUCCAAUUGUAUGGAAUAGAGAAGACAAGGACGUGAGAAUUUCAUCUAAGAACAGAGUUGUCCCAGUUACUUAUCCGUCUCCUCCUCGGCCAUCCUCUCCCAGUUCCAAUAGUGUGGCACUGGAUGUUGAUUCAGAUGUCAGUAUUUUAGAAUGCGAUGUCACAGGAUGUGAGGUUUUGGGGUUGGAGAAUUCAGCAGAUAAGCCUGUUGUGGCAGAUCUGUUGGUAGGUUGUUCUGGAUUCAGUUCUCAAGCUGAUUUGCCUCCUUUGGCGCCGUCAGAGCAAUUUGGGGAUGAUGAAUAUGGAGAAGACAAUGUGGAAGAGGAAAAGGUUACUCAAGCACCGAAUAUUGCCAUGUCGAGGUGGGCGUCUGACAGUGAUUCUCCCUCGAGGUCGAGUCCUGAAAGUGGGGAGAUUCGAGUAGGACUCUCAGUAGGUGGUAGGGCUAGGUCAUCUGGAUCGGAAGGAGAAGGUUCUGUUGCGGCGCUUGUCACUGAAGAUGCAUUUGGUGAAAACGAAUUUUUAGAUUCUGAUAUGAUCGAUAUUGAUGAAAAGAGAGAUGGUCAUGACUAUGUUAACCAUUCUGACUCGGACUCGGAGGAUGGUGGUGGUUCCCAUCAGAUUAAAGAGCCCAGCUUGCUUAACCAAAGAAGCAUAAACAUGCUUCAGAGUUGCAGAAGUGUAUUUGAGUUUGAAAAACUUAACAAAAUUAAUGAAGGAACUUAUGGUGUUGUGUAUAAAGCCAAAGAUAAGAAGACGGGGGAAAUCGUGGCCUUGAAGAAGGUGAAGAUGGGUGUAGAAAAGGAGGGUGGUUUCCCUAUUUCAUCUUUGCGGGAAAUAAACAUUCUCUUGUCUUUUAAUCACCCUUCUGUAGUUGGUGUUAAAGAAGUUGUUAUGGAUGAUCUUGAUAAUGUUUUCAUGGUUAUGGAGUACAUGGAGUAUGACCUCAAGGAUCUCUUGGAGGUUAUGAAACAGCCUUUUAGCAUAAGUGAAGUUAAAUGGUUGAUGCUACAACUAUUAGAAGGUGUCAAAUAUCUUCACGACAAUUGGGUGCUUCAUAGAGAUUUGAAGACAUCAAACCUUCUUGUGAGCAAGGAGGGUGAGUUGAAAAUAUGUGACUUUGGGUUGUCUCGCCAGUAUGGUAGCCUGCUGAAGCCAUAUACACCUAUUGUGGUCACCCUUUGGUACAGAGCACCUGAACUACUGCUCGGUGGAAAACAGUACUCAACAGCUAUUGAUAUGUGGUCAGUGGGAUGUAUAAUGGCUGAAUUGGUGGCAAAGGAACCACUUUUCAAAGGGAAAAAUGAAAUUGAUCAGCUUGGCAAGAUUUUUCAAAUUCUUGGUGCACCAAAUGAGAAAAUUUGGCCUGGACUAACAAAAUUGCCAGGAGUUAGACCAAAUUUAAAGCAACCGCAUAACCUAUUGCGGACCAAGUUUCCUGCAAGAUCCUUCACAGGAUCGCCAGUUCUCUCUGAAUUGGGAUUUGACUUGUUGAACAGCCUUUUAGCAUACGACCCAGAAAAGCGGAUAACAGCAGAGGCUGCCCUAAAGCAUGAUUGGUUUCGUGAGGUUCCUCUUCCUCGAUCUGAUUUCAAGUGUAACUUUUCUGUCUGGCAUGGCCAAGAGAGAGAGCAAGAUCCUUUAGAAGAGCAGUGAGAAAGGAGUUUGUCUUGGUCAAGAGUAGUGGAUUGAUGCAUAAUGGUCUUUGGGAAGGUUUGGAAUAACAACUAACCCUUUUGUUUUUGAAUCUACAUCCUUCCCCCUCCCUCAGUUUACAUAUGCCAGGGAUACCUCAUUGUAAAUGAUGAAGCCGAGGCUUUAAAUAUUAAUACAGUAUCGCCUUCUAUCAUAUUGCAGCUUCUUGUUCUUUUUAAUACAGUAUUUCCUCUUCUUUUUAAUCAUUAUUUGUUAAUGAUAUGACAAUCAACUUCCUCUGUAGAGAAUUUCAUUAAUUUAUUAGACAGCUAAAGGAAGGAUUUCUAGUAUCUGUUAUUUAUUACAACCAUUAAAAAUUCCGGAAUAAGUAUUGUUAUGUUCAGAUGCAAUUUUUGUAUCCUCGUAUCUUAAAAAAUAAAUAGUGAUUAAAUAGAUAGAAAACAUUUUAUUAAUUUUUUUGUACUCUGAUUGAUGGACGAUUUUAUGUGGUCUCUGGAGGUAUCGGAGGGUUGCUUUGUUAGUUGUGACCUCGUGGAUGUUGAAGACCCUGGACUAGUCAACACUCAGCCAAAGCAGCUAUGUUUCUGUUUGCAAUUCUGUACCUUGUGAUUUUAAUUUUCAAUCCCUGCGCAUUUUGCAUACUGUGUUCUGAUAGGAGGACGUUGAGGUAAAAUUUACCUGUGCCUCCAUUAAGUUUUUAUUUUGGUACAGGUGCUAUGGUUGAAGUAUGUAUAUAAUCAGUUGGCAGGUCUUUUUUUUUAAGUUGAAUGUUCAUUAUGAUGAUAAUUAGAACUGCCAUGUCACUAGUUAUAUUCAAAAUUUUAUAGGUUAUAGAUUGCUAUACUAACGGAAUUAAAUUGGAAGGAAAAAAUGUCAAGUUUUGCAUCCUGCAUUAUGUAAUUUGUUGGCUCGUGAUGAUAACUAUGAUUUCAUACCUUUAUUAUCAUUAUUAGUAUUCGUAUUGUUCCUUUCUUUCCACCUUUUCUUAUUAUUUUCAAUUUUUGUUGGUACAUAUGAAUUGAGUUGAACUAUCACUUGCCGGGGGGGUGGCAAAGGUGUCUUCCACUUACGAAGGCAAGGCACUUUGCCAUGCAACUUCAUCCUUUGAGGCAGUUUUGCUGGUAUGUUCAGGACUUGCUCUUGCCGGUUUUCUUAUGGCAUACUGUUUGUUUCUAUUAAAACUGCGGUAUCUACAUAUUGCUCGUUGACAAAAAGCCUUUUUAAUAAAUUCAUGCCGGUUGGAGACCAUAAGAAGUAAGUAAUAAAGUAUUCUUUAUUCGUCUGAGGUAUAAUAAAGCGAUGCGAAAGCUGUGUGAUCACCUUGAAAGUCUCUCUCUCUCUCUCUCUCACUGGAGUAAGACAUCUAAUAUCUCUGAGUAUCCUAAUUUUAAUAUGUUGACGGUAAAUUAUUUUUUCUGAACUCUUCUCCCAGCAAACACAAUUACAAAAUAGACAAUUCUGCUCGUGCAAUCCCACUCUCUUUGGCUGUGUCACGGUAUGUCCCAGGUUUCCUAUCAAAGCUACAUGAGAUGGGUUAAAGAUGUUAACGAUGAUUAUGAUGAUUGAUGUAGGAGGUAAGGAUUACAGGACUGACAUUGCUGAAGGACAUCAUGUCCCAAAAUUUCUCUGGAAACCCAAAAUGGCGUAGAUAACAUGGAAAUAUUGUAUAUUCAUUGAUGGUAAGUAGGAAGAUGGGUUUUCAUUACUGCCCAAAUUUAGAUAUAUCUGGAAAUUGUAUGUAGUAGAUUGGGUGGGAUUGUUGUACAGCGGCGGUAGGGAUAAAGAUGAAUUGAUUUUGUGAAUCCUGAUUCAUGAAAUCUAUAUCCGGAAUUGCACUCAUUUCACUUAUAUCUUUUUCGGGCAGGUGCCCUCAUUUCAGGGGUGACAAGUAGUUAUUUGCUAUUCA